ACUGACGAGCUCACCCGGGAGUCAACAGACUGCAGACGGAACCGAGCGAGCGAGCGAGCUUCCACAUCACCGCCGGCCGCUCGGACGGAAUCCGCGGGCCACGGCCGGACGCUCAUGUGCCGGCCUACACCUCCUCACCGGGAAGUCUCUCGUCCCGAACCCUCACCUCGUCUCCGCCGUGAGCGGGUAAAGUCCGGGAACUCCCAAACGAGCGGAAAACAUGCUAACCUCCUCCCGGUGAACACGCACACACACACACGCACACAAGCAGGCAAAGGGUCCACUUAGCCGCCUAGCUGGGCGGCGGCUAACGGCGAACUAGCGGCGUCACGCCUGGCGCGGAGGAUGCUUUCGGCUGGAUGUGCCGUGGCUCCCGUCUCCGCCGGAAGGCACCGGCAGCCGUCCACGUAAAGGCCGCCCGCACGCCCUCAUCAUGCAGGCGGCCCAGCAGCAGUACGACUUCUUCAGCGACGACAACGCCGCCAAAUGGAGAGGCCUGCUGGUGCCCUCCCUGGACAAGGUGCUGAAGCAGGUGCACCCUAACCUGGCGUCCCAGCAGGAGGCGCUGCAGUACAUCGAGGAGCUGAUCCUGCUGCUGCUCAACAUGUUGUGCCAGGCGCAGCCUCGCAGCGUGCAGGACGUGGAGGAGCGGGUCCAGAAGAGCUUCCCUCACCCCAUCGACAAGUGGGCCAUCGCCGACGCCCAGGCCGCCAUCGAGAAGAGGAAGAGGAGGAACCCGCUGGCGCUGCCCGUCGACAAGAUCCACCCGCUGCUCAAGGAGGUGCUGGGCUACAAGGUGGACCACCAGGUGUCCGUCUACAUGGUGGCCGUGCUGGAGUACAUCUCGGCCGACAUCCUCAAGCUGGCGGGCAACUACGUCAGGAACAUCCGACACUACGAGAUCUCGCAGCAGGACAUCACCGUGGCCAUGUGCGCCGACAAGGUGCUGAUGGACAUGUUCCACCAGGACGAGGACGACGUGAGCGGCUUCCCGCUGAUGGACGAGGAGCCGACGGCCGGCGAGGAGCAGACCUACUACGAGCUGGUGCGGAGCUUCGUGGCGGAUGGCCGCAACUUCCUGCGGCAGCUGGAGCUCGUCAUCAGGGUGUUCCGCGAACCCUUCGGCGCCAACGCCAUGCUCUUCUCGCAGCACGACGUGGACAGCAUCUUCAGCCGCGUGGUGGACGUCCACGAGGUGACGGCCAAGAUGCUGGGCCUCGUGGAGGACGCGGUGGAGAUGACGGACGAGUGCCGCCCGCACCCGCUGGUGGGCAGCUGCUUCGAGGACCUGGCUGAGGAGCUGGCCUUCGACCCGUACGAGACGUACGCUCAGGACGUGCUUCGCUCCGGCUUCCAUCAGCACUUCCUGAGCCAGGUGACCAAACCCGGCGCCGCCUUCCACCUUCAGUCCAUCUGCGAAGGCUUUAAGGAGGCCGUGCAGUACGUCCUGCCGCGACUGCUGCUCACGCCCGUGUACUACUGCCUGCACCUCUUCGACAUCAUCAAGCAACUGGAGGAGAAGAGCGAGGAUGAGGAGGACAAGGAGUGUCUGAAGCAGGCCAUCACAGCGCUGCUCAACCUUCAGAGCAGCAUGGAGAGGAUUUGCUCUCGUAGCCUGGCCAAGCGCAGACUCAGCGAGUCGGCGUGCCGUCUCUCCAGCCAGCAGAUGAAGGGCAAACACUUGGCCAUCAAGAAGAUGAACGAGAUCCAGAAGAACAUCGACGGCUGGGAGGGCAAAGACAUCGGGCAGUGCUGCAAUCACUUCAUCAUGGAGGGAACGCUGACCCGAGUGGGCGCCAAACACGAGCGCCACAUCUUCCUGUUUGAUGGCCUCAUGAUCUGCUGCAAGUCCAACCACGGACCGCCGCGCCUGCCUGGCGCCGGAUCGGCCGCCGAGUACCGCCUCAAGGAGAAGUUCUUCAUGCGCAAGGUCCAGAUCAACGACAAGGACGACAAGGAGGGCGAGUACCGGCACGCCUUUGAGAUCAUACUGAAGGACGGCAACAGCGUGGUGUUCGCCGCCAAGUCGGCCGAGGAGAAGAACGGCUGGAUGGCGGCGCUGGUUUCGCUCCAGUACCGCAGCACGCUGGAGAGAAUGCUGGAUGCCGCCGUGCUACAGGAGGAGAAGGACGAGCAUGUCCGUCUGCCAGCGCCCCACCUCUACCGCUUUGCCCAGCCCGACUCCGAGGAGAAUGUGGUUUUUGAGGACAGCGUCCAGUCCAAGUCCGGCAUUCCCGUGGUCAAGGCCGGCACCGUUCUCAAGCUCAUCGAGAGGCUCACCUUCCACAUGUACGCUGAUCCAAAUUUUGUCAGAACAUUUCUGACCACGUACAGAUCUUUCUGCAAACCGCAGGAGCUGCUGGACCUGCUCAUCGAGAGGUUCGAGAUUCCCGAGCCAAGACCCAAUGACGUGGAUCACCUGGACGGAGGAGAGCAGACCCUCAGUGCAGAACUCAAACGCUUCCGCAAAGAAUUUGUACAGCCUGUCCAGCUCAGAGUCCUAAACGUGUGCCGUCACUGGGUUGAGCAUCACUUUUACGACUUUGAGAGAGACGCUCACCUGCUGGGACGACUGGAGGACUUCAUUGCUUCAGUCAGAGGCAAGGCGAUGAAGAAGUGGGUGGAGUCGAUCACAAAGAUCAUCCAGAGGAAGAAACAGGUGGCGGUCUGCGGGCCAAGCCACAGCAUCACCUUUCAGAACCCUCCACCCGCUAUCGAGUGGCACAUCUGCAAGCCAGGACACCUGGAACCCUUUGACCUCAUGACCCUUCACCCCAUCGAGAUCGCCCGCCAGCUAACCCUCCUCGAGUCCGAUUUCUACAGGGCGGUGCAGCCGUCGGAGCUCGUGGGCAGCGUGUGGACCAAAGAGGACAAAGAGAUCCACUCGCCAAACCUGCUGCGGAUGAUCCGACACACCACCAACCUGACCCUCUGGUUUGAAAAGUGCAUCGUGGAGACUGAGAACCUGGAGGAGCGAGUGGCAGUGGUUUCGCGGAUCAUCGAGAUCCUUCAAGUCUUCCAGGAGCUCAACAACUUCAAUGGAGUUCUCGAGGUGGUCAGCGCCAUGAACUCCUCACCUGUCUACCGACUGGACCACACCUUCGAGCAAAUUCCGAGUCGUCAGAGGAAGAUUCUGGAAGAAGCUCACGAGCUGAGUGAAGACCACUACAAGAAGUAUUUAGCCAAACUGCGCUCCAUCAACCCCCCCUGUGUACCCUUCUUUGGCAUAUACCUGACCAACAUCCUGAAGACGGAGGAGGGCAACCCGGACUUCCUGCUGCGACAUGGAAAAGAUUUGAUCAACUUCAGCAAGAGGAGGAAAGUGGCAGAAAUCACGGGCGAGAUCCAACAGUACCAGAACCAGCCGUACUGCCUGCGCGUGGAAAGCGACAUCAGGAAGUUCUUCGAGAACCUCAACCCGAUGGAGGACCUGUGCGAGAAGGACUUUGCCGAUCAUCUGUUCAACAAGUCUCUGCUCAUCGAGCCUCGCAACGCUCGCUCGCUGCCGCGCUUUGCGAAGAGGUACGCGUGCCCCCUGAAGUCUCCGGGCAUCCGUCCCACAUCGGUGCGUCCGGGAACCGCGCGCCACCCGACACCGCUGCAGAACGAGCCGCGCAAGAUCAGCUACAGCCGGAUACCAGACAGCGAGGCCGACGCCCCCAAUGCCGUCUCUGCUCCCAACUCCCCCUGCACGCCGCUGACUCCGCCCCCCGCUUCGGGCGCCUCCAGCUCCACCGACGUCGGCAGCGUCUUCGACUCGCCGCAGGCUCCCAGCAGUCCCGCCCACUCCACUGGCGACGCCACCAUGGGCCCAGUCUCGCCGCCUCACGGCCCACGGUCGUCCUCCGUGUCGUCCAUGGUCUCCUUCAGCCGCAUCCCCGACGACAUUCCCGUUCCGCCGCCCGUGCCCCCGCGGAGAAGACCAGAGUCUGCUCCAGCCGAGUCGUCUCCGUCUAAGAUGUCCUCCAGCCCCCCCGCCGUGCCGCCUCGCCUGCCCACCUGCAAGCUCCUCCCCCCUCGCUACUCGUCGUCCCCUCCUGACAGCCCCCCCCUGUUGCCCCCCCGGGAGCCGCUCGCCUCGCCCCUGCACCUGCUGCCGCCCCCUCAGGGCCGCCCCCGCUGCGACCCGCCGGCCCAGGCCUUCUUUCCCACCACGUCAUGCCUGGGCCCCGCCCCCACCUCGCCGCCCGCCUCUGUCAGCCCCUCCCCCGUCUCCAGGAAGAUGCCGCUACCCUCGCCGCCGCUGCCCCCCCUCCAGCUGAACGGCCCCCCCGUGCCGCCUCGCCACGGCGUCCCCAAGCUGCCCCCCAAGACCUAUAAGAGGGACUCUCUGAGCCACGCCCCCCUGCUGGACACCCCCCCCGCACUGUGAGGUGGCGGGUUGAGUCGAUAGACACCGCAGCCAAUCGGUGGCCUCCUGCGAAUGCGACUGCUGAUUGUGGACCCACCCCCUCACAUGCGCACACAGACGAGUGCGAUGCCUUCAGGUACCAGGACCAGCAGAAUCACUGAGGUACUCUCACGUUAGACUCGCGUUGGUUCUGUUAGGACAGAUUUAUCACAAGGGAAUUAAAGUUGUCUCCACACCACAA